CGCCUCACAACAGUAAACAUCUACCGGAGUGCAUAGACACGCUGCAGAUAUUCAUUUAAAUGUGUAUGAAUUGAGUUAAAUCGCCAUGAGUUUUUUUCUUCCUAAACUGUCGUGUAAGAAAGAUGUGGAUGAGGCGAUUAAGACAGUCGCCGAGAAAGUUUUAGUGCUGCGAUUCGGCAGAGACGAAGAUUCGGUGUGUCUACAGCUCGAUGAGAUCCUGUCAAAAACCGCUCAUGAUUUGAGUAACAUGGCCAGUAUUUAUCUGGUGGAUGUGGACCGAGUGCCCGUUUACAAGCGAUACUUUGACAUCAGCUUUAUUCCCUCGACUGUCUUUUUCUUCAAUGGCCAACAUAUGAAAGUUGAUUAUGGAUCGCCAGAUCAUACCAAGUUUGUUGGAAGCUUUAAAAGCAAACAGGACUUCAUGGAUCUGAUUGAAGUGAUCUAUCGAGGUGCCAUGAGAGGAAAGCUGAUCGUUCACAGCCCAAUCGACCCGAGAAACAUUCCCAAAUACGAUCUGCUUUACCACGACAUCUAGCAUUGAAUUUCACUCCCAGCACAGAUCAGUCAAGAGUCUAGAUAAUAAGACUAGUUAAAGGGAUAGUUCACCUAAACAUUUAAAUCCGACUCUCUUGGAGUCUUUCAUUUUCUGGUGAACUGUCCCUUUAAAGUGAGUUUUAGUUCCUGCAUCAGUAAAACCGAUGAAGAGUUUCCUGUGGAAACGAUUUAUUCUCUCUUGUUUUUCAUUUUUGUAUGAUGUUUUUGAAAUAAAGGUCAUAUUGGUUAUACACCGAACAGUUUUAAGUGUGAUGAAAU